UCACGUUGAGCCAGCGCCUGGGCCUGGAUUUGGGCCUCCGCCGCCUCUACCAUGGACCCGCGCAAAGUCAGCGAGCUUCGGGCCUUCGUGAAUAUGUGUAGGCAGGACCCGAGCGUCCUGCACACCGAGGAGAUGCGCUUCCUGCGGGAGUGGGUGGAGAGCAUGGGGGGUAAAGUACCACCCGCUACUCAUAAAGCUAAAUCAGAAGAAAACAUAAAGGAAGAAAAAACAGAUAAUAAGAGAGAGGAAAACAUAAAGACAGAUGAACCGUCAAGUGAGGAAAGUGAUCUGGAAAUUGACAAUGAAGGUGUAAUUGAACCAGACACCGAUGCCCCUCAAGAAAUGGGGGAUGAAAAUGUAGAGAUAACUGAGGAGAUGAUGGAUCAAGCAAAUGAAAAGAAAGGGGCUGCCAUCGAAGCCCUGAGUGGUGGUGAGCUGCAGAAAGCCAUUGACUUGUUCACAGAUGCUAUCAAGCUAAAUCCUCGCUUGGCCAUUCUGUAUGCCAAGAGAGCCAGUGUCUUCGUCAAAUUACAGAAGCCAAAUGCUGCCAUUCGAGACUGUGACCGAGCCAUUGAAAUAAAUCCUGAUUCGGCUCAGCCUUAUAAAUGGCGAGGGAAAGCACACAGACUUCUGGGCCAUUGGGAAGAAGCAGCCCAUGAUCUUGCCCUUGCCUGUAAACUGGAUUAUGAUGAGGAUGCUAGUGCAAUGCUGAAAGAAGUUCAACCGAGGGCUCAGAAAAUUGCCGAACACCGGAGAAAGUACGAGCGAAAACGUGAGGAGCGAGAGAUAAAGGAGAGAAUUGAGAGGGUCAAGAAGGCUCGAGAGGAACACGAGAGAGCCCAGAGGGAAGAAGAGGCCAGACGACAAUCAGGAGCUCAGUUUGGCUCUUUCCCAGGUGGUUUUCCUGGAGGAAUGCCUGGAAAUUUUCCUGGAGGAAUGCCUGGAAUGGGAGGGGGCAUGCCUGGAAUGGCAGGAAUGCCUGGACUUAAUGAGAUUCUCAGUGAUCCAGAGGUUCUUGCAGCCAUGCAGGAUCCAGAAGUUAUGGUGGCCUUCCAGGAUGUGGCCCAGAACCCUGCAAAUAUGUCAAAAUAUCAGAGCAACCCAAAAGUUAUGAAUCUCAUCAGUAAAUUGUCAGCCAAAUUUGGAGGUCAAGCAUAAUGUCCAUUUGACAAAGCCCUUACUGAAGGAAAAGCAGCCUAGAUCACUUAAUGGAUGUCGCAAUAAUCUAAACCAGUGUACCUCUGACCUUCUCAUCAGGAGAGCCGGGGUGCUUUGAAGAUAAUCCCUACCCUUCUGCACCAAAUGCAGCUGAAGUAUUUUACAAUGGUUUGCCAUUAGGAUAUUCAUUCAGAUAAUGUUUUCCUACUAGGAUUUACAAACUUUGAACACUUUCUCAAACUUAAAGGGUGUUGUUAAUUUUCACAUUUUUCUUUACUAAUCCUUUUGGGUUUUCCCUUUGAAUGAAAUAAAGGUUGAUUGAAAUAAAGGUUGAUAAGUGGGAAAAAAAUAAUUAGGUUGAUUCCAUUUGAGUUGGACAUAUGGUUACUAAAGCAUUUUGUCUUUUUAGAAUGUUUUAUUUCAAAUGAUCUAUUUCAUUACAACUGUUGGGACCACCAGUAUUUCAGUCUGGCUUGGAUAGAGACUGGGAGUCCUUGGCAGAGCAGCAGCAGUCAGCAGUCUUACUGAGUCUCACUGGACAGAUACCCGGUGUAGGUUAUGAUUAACUCACACUGCUGAAGGGUGAUUUUCUUUUUUUUAAUGUUGCAAUGGAGUUGGAUUACCUAGCUCUGUUAUUGUCCAGUAUUUCAUAUAAAUGUUUUGUAUCAUUUCCACAUAGAGGAAAUGAGGGAGUACUUUCCUUUUUAAAUUUGUCAAAAAUUACCUUUCCUAUUAGGAAAUAACUCUAAUCUGCUUUUUGCUUGCCCUAUUUUUUGCCCUUUAAUCUUCUUGAGCUUAAAGAUACUCAUUUUUCACCAGUAUCACUGCUGUCAUCACUCAUAACUGUGGAGACGUUUAUUGGUUGGUUGAAUUUAAUAUGUAACCCAUACGGUAACACCCAUAACAGCUGUGGCAUCUUACUCAGCCAUGGGAUUACUUAUUUAAAUGUUAAACUAUCACUCUUGUGAACUCAUUUCAGAAAACUGGAAGGAGGGAUUCCCUUUGGUAUUAGGUAUACUUUAGAAAUUGCAAAAAAGAAAAAUUGCAAUUAAGAGUUUAUCUUGUAUACAUCUUUGUAUUUUGAAGAUUUAAAGUCAGCUGCGUAAUCUAAUAUGGAUUAUAAAAGAGAUGAGAGCCAUGUUACUCAUUUGGAGUUGUUAGUACUGUUGUCCUACUCGGCUCUUAAGUACUGCAACUACACCUCCACUUCUGCUUUCUCUCCCUGUGCAAGGAUAAAAAAAAAUGAUAAAAUCCAUGGAGUUCAUACCUAAGUGUUCAUCAUACAUACUUGGAUCUGAACUUGCCAAAUGUUUGUUCGUGUGUAUGUUCUUAAAGUUUCCAGGAUGUGCUGUGCUUUACUCAAGAAGAUUAGUUUCUUUUGGACUCUGAUUAUGUGUGACCUAUUUAUAUUCUAAUACUGCAGAUAUUACCAUAAAUGGGUAAAAUGUGUAUCCUGUGCUUUUAGACUUCUAAAUUCCAUAAAUAGUAAAAAAUACAGUCUUCAUUUUCAUAAAGACUCAGUAUCAUUUCUAAACCGGAAAUGUUUUGUGGGCUUUUUUUUUUUUUUUUUUUUUUUGCGCUAAAGAUACUAAAGAAAAAAUGCUAUAAGAAGGUAAAGGAGUUUUCUGCUUAAAAACAGUGAAUCUUUCCAAGUAUGCUAAAAUAAAGUAUGAUUUCACACUGGA